UCAGAAGGCGCCACUAUAAACAUUGCUCGUAAAAUAAAAUGGGGAUUAUCAGUGUGUAUGUUAUUAGUAAAGCAGGUGGUUUGAUAUAUCAUUACGAUCAUAAUAUACCGAAAAUUGAAGUAGAAAAAACUUUUAGUUAUCCGUUAGAGAUCGUUCUUGAAUAUCAGAAUAAACGUGUAAGCGUUGUUUAUGGCCAAAGAGAUGGGAUUAAAGUUGGUCAUACUUUAAUGUCUAUAAAUGGAAUUGCUGUUAAUGGAAGACAAUUGGAAGAUGGCAGAGAUGUUUUUGAUAUUUUAAAAGCUGAAGAAAACUAUCCUAUCAAUAUAAAAUUUGGUCGACCAAAAUUAAAUACAAAUGAAAAAAUUGUACUUGCUAGUAUGUUUCACUCAUUAUUUGCCAUUGCAACUCAACUUUCUCCAGAACCUAAAUCUUCAGGGAUUGAAGUACUUGAAACUGAUACUUUUAAACUCUACUGUUUUCAAACAAUAACAGGAGUAAAAUUUAUUAUUGUAGCUGAUCCUAAACAAGCAGGAAUAGAAAACCUUUUAAGAAAAAUUUAUGAAAUUUAUUCAGAUUUUGCUCUAAAAAAUCCAUUUUAUUCUCUGGAGAUGCCAAUUAGAUGCGAAUUGUUUGAUAGUAAUCUUCAAGCUGCUCUAGAACAAGCUGAAAAAACAGGAAUUAGUAAUGUUUAAAAUAAAAUGUAAUCUUUGUACAUAUAAUAUAAAUAUAUAUUAAAUUAUUCCAAUAAAAUUGUUUAAAUAUUUUUUUUGUAAAAAUUCAUUAUACAAUACUUGAACUAAAUAGAAAGCAUAUGUAAAUAUAUAUUGAUAUAUUU